AUGGCCUCCCCUCAGAAACAACUCAUCCACUCCGUUGUCCCACUCCACGUGGGACAAUUCAUGUUCGUACGCAUAGCAACCAAUGACGGCGUGGUGGGCUUCGGCGAGUGUGGCAUCUGGGGCCAUGUCGAAGCCUCUGCAACCGUGGUCACUCGCUUCGCCGAGUAUCUCGUCGGAAAGCCAGCUUCGUGCAUUGAGCAUCACUGGAACGUGAUGCACCGCUUCAGCUAUUUCCAGGGCCUCGCCAUCAACGCGGCCAUCUCUGGAAUUGACAUUGCCCUCUGGGAUAUCAAGGGCAAGACGCUCGGCGUGCCCAUCUAUGAGCUCAUCGGGGGCGCAUGCCGGACCAAGGCUCGCGUGUACGGCCACAUCUACGAGAAGACAAUCGAGGGUGUUCUGAAGGAGUGCAAGCGCAAGAUGGACCUGGGUUAUACCGCCUUCGGACACAUCAACCCCUUCCUGGACGAAGGCAACGAUCAGGUGUACUUCAAGACCCACGUCGCCAAGAUGAAUAAUGCCAUCGACAACGUCAGGAGGAUGCGCGAGGUUGUCGGGGACAAGGUCGACCUGCUUAUCGAGCUUCACCGGCGCCUCACCCCUGCCGAAGCAGUCACCUUCUCCAACGCCAUCGCCGAGUACCGCCCCAUGUUUGUGGAGGACCCUAUCCGGCCAGAAAACGCAGAUGCGAUGGCGCGGGUGGCAGACGCCAUCUCCGUCCCGGUGGCCACCGGCGAGCGCUUCUGCACGAUAUACGAAUUCCAAGCUCUCUUUGCCAGAAACGCUGUCGAGUAUGCUCGAGUCGACGUGGCGGUCUGCGGAGGAAUCACGGGCGCCAAGAAGGUAGCUGCCAUGGCCGAGGCUCACCACAUCCAGGUGGUGCCGCACAACCCCCUGUCGCCCAUCGGCCUCGCUGCCUGUCUUCAGCUCGCCGCCGCGAUCCCAAACUUUGCCAUCCAGGAGUUUGCGACCGGUUUCGAGGCGGGAGUCUUCACAUCUACGACUUCGCACUUGGGGGCCGACGUUGUGGACCAUGUGCCCGACAUGGUUGACGGCUUCGUAGAGAUCCCUGAUGGCCCCGGACUGGGUGUCAAUCUCGUGGACAAUGCGCAGACCAUUCGACCUGCAUUGGUUCAGCCAAUCACCAUGCGGCCUCAUAAAGAUGGGUUCGUUGUCGAUCAAUAG